AACACCUUUGUCGUCAUCGUACCGGGAAGGGAAAAUUGCUCAGAAAAUUGUACUGCUGCUGCCUUAAUCGAUGGUGUUGGUCUACUUCUGAGGGACACAGUGUGAAGAGUAUCUACAUUUAAGCUGGUGAACUGUUUGCGAUUUGUUACCAUCGAGUCCGCAGCGCUGAGAGUUUUGUCGAAGACCCGAAAAAUUAUGACAGCAAACUGAUGAAUUUUUCGCAGAUGGUGAGGUAAUCAGCGCCAAUUGGGUUCUUCCAGCGAACGUUGCGUGACAUUGUGCAAGUCUACUCGAGGGAAACAGCAAUUAUUCGCGGCGGGGAUAAUUAACUCAGGAAUUCCUUCGUGUAGCAGUGUUCAGCAUUAAGGUGCCGAAGAAAAAUGACGACCUCAAACUGGGACAAGUUCCGACUGCUGCUGUGGAAGAAUUGGGUCAUCCAGAAGCGCCACUAUGUCCAAACACUGUUCGAGAUUACAAUUCCGGUGCUCGCGUGUUCACUGCUCAUACUGGUACGAGGACUAGUGAAUCCAUCCACCUAUACGAAACCAACCAACUUCGAGAGCCUCAACGUGAGCAGUAUAGCUAACAUAAGAACUCUCGUCACCAACCAUCCAAUCACGCUAACGCUUGCGUACGCCCCGAAGAAUGCCCUUUUGGAGCAAGUGGUCAAGCGAGCUGCGCGAACGCUCGGAACGGACGUACGGACGAGUGCCUUCAACGAUAGCAAUUCAAUGUACAACGUGCUGGUAACGAACAACUAUCUCGCUGGGAUUGAGUUUGGUGAUCACUUAGUGAACGCCACCGAGUUGCCGGACAACCUGACGUUCGCGCUACGAUGUCCCAGCGAAAUGAGAAGCACCAGGCUGCCGGGGGCGGAGUUUUGGGCCAACUGGAGGACGUUUCUGGUAUUUCCGCCGUUUCAGACGUACGGAGCGCGGGCGGUCAACUACAGCGACGGCGGAUAUCCGGCCAACUACUACGCGGAGGGGUUCGCGUCGGUGCAGAAUGCUCUGUCACGGGCGCUGCUGAGCAGAAAGGGCAACAGCUCGCAGCAGUUACCGACGGUUGCACUGCAGCGCUUUCCCUACCCACCCUUCUACAACGACCCGCUCCUCCGAGGACUGGAGAAUCUGUUCCCAGCCAUCAUCAUGAUUGCGUUCUUCUACUCCUGCAUCAACACCGUCAAAUUCAUCACGCUGGAGAAGGAACGCCAACUCAAGGAAUCCAUGAAGAUCAUGGGCCUCCCCAACUGGCUCCACUGGUCGGCCUGGUUCGUCAAGACGCUGCUGCUUCUAUCGAUCUCGAUCUCACUCAUCACGGCGCUACUGUGCGUUAGUCUCACGACCAACACGGACAUUGCCAUCUUCGAGUUCUCCAACUGGCUGCUGAUUUGGCUGUUUCUGUUCAUCUUCAGCAUCACCACCAUCACGUUCUGCUUCAUGCUGAGUACGUUCUUUUCGAAAGCGAACAUCGCCUCCGGGGUAUCGGGGAUCAUCUGGUUCUACUCGUUGACACCGUACAACAUCACGUUUGGAAAUUAUGAUAGGAUGUCGUUGGGAGCGAAGCUGGCAUCUAGCUUGUGGUGCAAUACCGCGAUGGGUUAUGGAUUUAUGUUGCUGAUGAAGCAUGAAGGAACGUCGAUAGGGCUACAGUGGUCGAACCUGUUUUCACCCGUCACCGUGGAUGAUACAUUGACGGUGGCGCAUAUGAUGAUGAUGUUGCUGGUUGAUGCUCUGAUCUAUCUGCUGGUAGCACUCUACGUGGAGCAGGUUGCACCUGGGGAGUUUGGCAUUCCCAAAAAGUGGAACUUUAUGUUUACUAAGCAGUUCUGGAUGUCCGGAACUUCUUACGCUGGACGGACGAACCCCAGUGAGCGGGAAUACCUCCGUAAAAAUUCCUCUUGUAACGCGGAAGAGGAACCUACAGAUAAGCACGCUGGAAUCAAGCUACUUGGUCUGUCCAAGAUCUACAAGGGCUCCAAGAUGGCAGUGAACGAUCUUACGCUGAAUCUCUACGAAGAUCAGAUCUCAAUCCUGCUCGGACACAACGGUGCCGGCAAAACGACCACCAUGUCCAUGCUGACGGGAAUGUUUCCGCCAACCAGCGGAACCGCUAUCGUCAACGGUUACGACAUCCGGUACGACAUCGAAAGCCUGCGCAACACGCUCGGCCUGUGUCCGCAGCACAACGUGCUGUUCGACGAGCUAACCGUUGCCGAGCACAUACGAUUCUUCUCGAAGCUCAAAGGACUCCGCGAGGAGCAAAUCAUUGCCGAAAUCGACAAAUACCUCAAGCUGCUCGAGCUGGAAGACAAACGGAACGCACAAUCCCACACGCUGUCUGGCGGGAUGAAACGCAAGCUGUCGAUAGCGAUCGCGCUUUGCGGUGGUUCCAAGGUGGUGCUUUGCGAUGAGCCCACUUCUGGGAUGGAUCCCGCCGCGAGACGGGUACUUUGGAACCUGCUGCAACAGGAGAAGGUGGGUCGGACGAUUCUGCUGUCGACGCAUUUUAUGGAUGAGGCGGAUAUUCUGGGGGACCGUGUAGCGAUAAUGGCUGGAGGUGAGCUGAAGGCGGUAGGAUCGCCGUUCUUUUUGAAAAAGAAGUUUGGUCGGGGGUAUCGGUUGAUCUGCGUUAAGAAACAGGGAUCGGACCCUGGGCAGUUGACGGAACUUUUGAGGAAGCAUAUAGCGGAGAUUGAGGUGGAAACGAACAUCGGUACCGAGCUGAGUUACGUGCUCAAGAACGAAUAUCUGCACAAGUUUCAAGCGAUGCUGGCGGAUCUGGAGGAGCACACGGAUCAGUGUGGAAUCUCUAGUUACGGGAUUACGUUGUCUACGAUGGAGGAGGUGUUUAUGAGGCUUGGAAGUGACGACAACUCCGAGUCCAACGCGAUCGAAGGAAACGGCCACAUCAGCAACGGAAACGCUCACACAACUGUCGAUUGUCCGGAGGAAAGCUACACCCUAGCCACCGGCAAACCCCUGCUAAUCAACCAAAUCAAAGCAAUGUUCUCGAAAAAGUACCUCAGCUUCAUCCGUGCGUGGAAGAUCUCCACCCUCCAGACGACCUUAUCAAUGUUCUACAUCAUAAUGAUAAUAGUGAUCGUGCGUUCGUUCCCGAACAACGUCAUACUGCCUCCGUUGGAGAUUUCAUUCGAUUCCUAUGGAAAGACAGUCACCGUGCUGGAAACGACCGAUGCGAAUGCAACGAUUUCCAAGAGUUACGCAGAUUUGUUUGCGGACUUUGCAAAGUCCAACCAACUUGUCACGAUCGAUACCUCAUUCCCGGAAUACAUUCUGAGCAAGUCCACCGAAAACAUCAAAGCCGUGGACAACACGUACAUGGUCGGUGCCACGCUGGACGAAGCCGAACAGAACUUCACGGCAUGGUUCAACAACAAGGCCUACCACACGGCACCGCUGUCGUUGAACUUGAUCUACAACGCCAUUCUGCGGACGUUCUGCGCCAACUGUUCGCUGGACGUCGUCAACAAGCCGCUGCCGUACAGCUCUCGGGUGCGCUUUCUGCGACUUCAAGCCGGUAGCAACAUGGGAUUCCAGCUGGCGUUCAAUACCGGCUUUGCGAUGGCUUUCGUCGGGGCGAUGUACAUCAUGUUCAACAUUAAGGAGAGGGCUUCGGGAGCCAAGCUGCUGCAGUUUGUCAGUGGAGUGAAUGCGUUCACGUUUUGGACGGUAUCGUUUCUGUGGGACUACCUCGUGUUUAUCGUAGCUAUGGCGCUGUACAUCUUGACGCUGGCGGCGUUCCAGGAGGAGGGAUGGUCAACUCCAACGGAACUCUCGCGAGUGGUGAUUGUUAUGAUGUGCUUUGGAAGUGCCGUCAUCCCGUUUACUUAUCUGUGUUCGUACUUCUUCGAAGUUCCAUCGACGGGAUUUAUCAAGAUGUUGAUCUUCAACAUCUUCACCGGCACGGUUAUAUUUACGGGCAUCUUUCUGCUAAAGUACAGCGAGUUCAACUUGAAAGAUGUAGCCGAAACGUUGGAGUGGUUCUACAUGGUCUUCCCUCAUUUUGCAUUGAGCCAUAGUUUGAACAACAUCAACCUGGCGCUCACGAUACAACAGAUUUGUGACGCACAGUGUGAAGCUAUGCCGUUUUGUACGGAAAAGUUGCUGUGUACCUUCGACAAGAGAUGCUGUGAUACGGAUUUGUUUUCGUUCCAGCCGAACGGGAUUAGCAGAAACCUCGUGUACAUGCUAGCGGUUGGUGUAAUAUCUUUUGUUGUCUUACUAGUAAAGGAAUUAAGGCUUAUUAAGUGCAACGUACAGUGCAAGAAACCUUGGGGAAAUACGCCUAUUGCAGCGGAAUCCAGCUCGAAGGAAACCAUUGUCAUCAACGAAGAUACGAACGUUACGGAAGAACAUCAACGAAUUGCGCUUCUCUCGGAAGAAGAACUGCCCAAUCACACUUUGGUGCUGAAAGAAGUGUCCAAGUACUACGGAUCAUUCCUUGCCGUUAACAAUCUUUCCCUAGCGGUAGAAGACUACGAGUGCUUUGGACUGCUUGGAGUCAACGGCGCCGGGAAGACGUCAACGUUCAAAAUGCUAACCGGAGAUGAGAAACUCUCAACCGGUGAUGGUUGGGUUCGAGGAAUCAGCAUGCGAACCAAGAUGAACGAAGUAAACCGUAUGAUUGGCUACUGUCCCCAGUUUGAUGCCCUACUCGAAGAUCUGACCGGACGGGAGUCCCUCGAGAUCUUCGGACUCCUACGUGGAGUCCCCUCCCCUCUGAUCAAGCCAAUCUCCCAAAAGCUAGCAACCGAUCUCAACUUUACGAAACAUCUCGACAAGCAGAUAGUGGCCUACAGCGGAGGCAACAAACGCAAACUCAGCACCGCUCUGGCCCUGAUCGGCAACCCGGUGAUCGUCUACCUGGACGAACCCACCACCGGGAUGGAUCCGGGCGCGAAGCGACACUUUUGGAACGUGAUCUGCCGGAUCCGGGCGGCCGGCAAGUCCAUCGUGCUGACCUCGCACAGCAUGGAGGAAUGUGAAGCACUCUGUACGCGGCUGGCGAUCAUGGUGAACGGGGAGUUCAAGUGCCUUGGAUCGACGCAACACCUCAAGAACAAGUACACGGAAGGGUUCUUCCUGACGAUUAAACUCAAGAAAUGUGAUAGCGCGAGCGAGAGGAGCAAAACGAAUCUAGUCAUGGAGUUCGUGGAGGAGGCGUUUGAUGGGGCGCGGUUGAGAGAGCACUACCAGGACUAUCUCACGUACCACAUCACGAAGACGUCCCUCAAGUGGUCCGCGAUGUUCGGCCUGAUGGAGCAAGCCAAGGCGCGGUUCGAGAUCGAGGACUACGCCCUGGGGCAGACGUCGCUGGAGCAAGUAUUUCUGGCGCUAACCGCCUACCAACGCAUCAGUGAUUGAAUCUCUCUGUGUUAUACGAAGUAGAACAAAAAAAAAGUUAACAAAGCUGCUAGCUAAUGUCUCAGUAUUCGGAAACUUGUUCUCGAAUAUUUAUGUUUUGCAAUGUAACGGAAUAAGGGUACUUAAGGUUUUACUUUAUAUUAUUUUAAUAUUCAAAUGUUUUUAAUUUAUUGCAACCAGUGACACGCGAACAAUACACAUUUAGGUAACAAACAAG